AUGACGUCAAGAAUCGUAACACUGAUUGACAUGGACUGUUUUUAUGUCCAAGUGGAGGAGAAAUUGAAUCCUGAAGUCAAAGGAACGCCGGCAGUUGUAGUGCAAUACAAACCGUAUCGAGGUGGAGGGAUAAUUGCGGUCAACUACGAAGCCAGGGCGAAAGGGAUCAAGCGUGGAGGAACGCACGGGGAUGAUGCCAAGAAGAUCUGCCCAGAAGUCCACAUAUUCCAAAUCCCCGAAGUGCGUGGGAAAGCGGAUCUAACCAGAUACCGAGACGCGAGCAAAGACGUUUUCAAAGUCCUCACGUCGUUUAGUGACUGUGUGGAACGCGCGAGCAUCGACGAAGCCUACAUUGAUCUCACUGACAUUGUGGAGAAGCGGCUCAAGGACGUGCGGGACUCGGGCGUGAAACUCCGCGAUUAUUUGUGCGCCGAAAAGUUUGGAAACACGUUUGCGAGUGGUUGUGAUGGUGGGAUCGGGGUUUGGUUGAACAAGGUGUUGCCGAGUGAGGAAAGUGACGAGGAUGACGAGAUGAUCGACGGUGAUGAGGCCAGUGAGAGAGAGUUUAGUGAUCACGUGAGGUUGACUAUGGGUGCGUUGUUUGUGGAGGAGAUGCGAGCCGCGGUUUUUGAAGCGACGGGGUUUCGGUGCUCGGCUGGGAUUUCGCACAACAAGACGUUGAGCAAACUCGGGUGUGGCUUGAACAAGCCGAACAAGCAAACAAUCAUGCCUAUGGACGCCGUGCCGCAAUUGUUUUCGAGCAUGCCGAUAAGCAAAAACAAGCGAAUGGCGAAGACGAUGACCGUCGGUGUUUCUCUUGGCAUGAACAAGAACAUGACGCGUGGGAAACACUUGUCAAGAUCGUGUCCGUUGGCGUGUUACUCGGCUGCCAGAAUCGGAGCCGACGCGUACAAAAUCAUCUCCAAGAUCAACACAGCCAAAGAACCCGACUGGUAA